AACAUGAUCUGUAUCCUGGGCGGUUGGUAAGUAGUGUUUUGCCGAGCAAAAGCUCUAGGAUUUGCAUGUGCUUGUCUUUCUCUACUCUGCCUUCUUCCACCAUUGCAGUGCCACUGAACCGAGAUAAUGAUUCUCUCCUUCAUGUGUAUCAACCCAAGGCAAUUCUUCCUAAAGCUGUGGUUUACGACAGAAUCGAGCAACUCAAGGAAAACACAAGAAGAGCUUUGAUGUCAAUUUCUGAUCCCAUAACGAGAAUGGAGCUAAUUGACACGAUUCAAAGAUUGGGGGUUGGGCACCAUUUCGAUGAAGAAAUGCAUGAAAUUUUGGAAAAUCUCACAGAAGAUCUGCCUGAUGACAAUUUAUAUGCAGUGGCUUUAUGCUUUCGUCUUCAACGGCACAAUGGUCUCCAUACUAAUCCUGAUGUUUUCCAAAACUUCAUGGAUGCAAACGGUAAGUUCAAGAUGUCGUCGAGUGAUGACAUAGAGGUAUUGUUGAGUUUAUAUGAAGCUUCAUACUUGGGAGCAAAUGGAGAAGAUAUCUUAUCACAGGCAAAGGAAUUUACUACAAUGCAACUCACGAGUUUAGUUUCCCAAUUAAACCCCAAACUUGGUACAAAAGUUCUUCUCAGUUUAGGGCUUCCAAGACACUUGAGAAUGACCAGGUUAGAAGCAAGAAGGUAUAUUGACGAAUAUGGUAAUGAAGAUGAUCACAAUCCCAUUGUGCUGGAACUUGCAAAGUUGGAUUACAAUCAUGUCCAAUCACUCCUACAAAGGGAGCUUGUGGAGGUUACAAGGUGGUGGGAACAUUUGGGUCUAUUGAAGAAGCUAAGUUUUGUCCGAGAUCGACAUCUCGAGUGUUUUCUGUGGACUGUUGGAGUCUUGCCCGAGAAAAAAUACUCUGGUGGCAGGAUUGAGCUUGCUAAAAUCAUUGCCAUUUUGUUGGUCAUUGAUGAUAUAUAUGACAUUUAUGGCUCGUACGAAGAUCUUGUACUCUUUACCGAAGCAAUUAGAAGAUGGGAUUUGAGUGAAAUGGAACACCUUCCUGAGUACAUGAAGAUAAGCUACACGGCAUUAUAUAAUACUACCAGUGAGAUUUGCCAUAAAAUCCUUAAAGAACAUGGCUUAAGUGUCGAACCAUUUCUACACCAAACGUGGAUUGACAUGGUUGAAGCUUACAUGGUGGAAGUCGAAUGGGUGAGAAGUGGGACUAUGCCAACCUUUGAAGACUACAUAAAGAAUGGGGUUACGACAUCAGGGACAUGCAUGGCAUUGGUGCAUCUAUUUUUUCUCAUAUCCGAAGGGGUAACCGAAGAAAACAUGAGACAUCUUCUUGAUCCAUACCCUAAAUUCUUCUCAUUGGCUGGAACAAUUCUUCGUCUAUGGGAUGAUCUGGGAACUUCAAAGGAGGAACAAGAAAGAGGGAAUGUGGCAUCAAGCAUACAGUUGUUGAUGAGAGAAAAGAACAUAACAAGUGAGGAAGAAGGAAGGAAAAAAAUCUUGCAGCUCAUCAAUGAGUUAUGGAAAGAUCUGAACACAGAGCUAGUUACACCAGAUGCAUUGCUCUUGCCGAUGAUCAAAGUUGCCCUUAACAUGUCAAGAGCUUCACAAGUUGUUUAUCAACACAAUGAAGAUAGUUAUUUAACAAGUGUAGAAAGUCAAGUACAAUAUCUGUUCUUCAAACCUAUUGAUAUCUAGUUCCACAAUGCUUUGUUUAUUUUUUUUCCGCCUGCAUAAAAAUGUCAGUGUCUUUUUUAUGUGCCUUAUGUUGUUCAAUAUGUGCAAGUUGUAACAUGUUAUAUUGCCAGGCCAUACAAAGU